AUGGCAGCGCUACGUCCCUUUCAACUCCCUCUGCGCCAAUAUGGUCGCUCACUCUCUACCUCUACAAAGCCCAGUCCCCGUCACCUCCUGUCCAUAUCCGAGCUCACACCGACCGAAUUAAGCACGCUCGUGAACAACGCAACAACCUACAAGUCAUCCGCCCUGCAGCCAACAUGGCCCAAGCGCACCGCCCUCUCCAAUCGGACCAUUGCAAUGCUCUUCUCCAAGCGCUCGACGCGGACAAGAAUCUCAACUGAGGGGGCUGUGGUGGCAAUGGGCGGCCAUCCGAUGUUCCUUGGCAAGGAUGAUAUACAGCUUGGUGUGAAUGAGUCACUAUACGAUACCUCGGUGGUGAUAUCGAGCAUGGUCGCUGGGAUAGUCGCACGAGUCGGUCCACACGCAGACAUCGCAAACCUCGCAAAGGACAGUACUGUGCCAGUCAUAAAUGCGCUGUGUGAUACGUAUCAUCCCAUGCAAAUCAUUGCCGACUUUGCAACUUUGACACAGACCUUCUCUACACCGGCAGAGAAACUACAAGGAUUGAAGAUCGCCUGGGUAGGGGACGCGAACAAUGUGUUGUAUGAUAUGUGCAUUGGGGCAAGAAAAUUGGGCAUCGAAAUGGCGGUAGCCUCCCCAGAGGGCUACAGUAUUCCACAGAACAUCAAAAAAGAAAUUGAGGCCGCGGGACCCGGCACCCUUUUUGAGACAACUACGCCCGAGGAAGCCGUCAAGGGGGCCAAUGUCAUCGUCACCGAUACAUGGAUUUCCAUGGGGCAGGAAUCUGAGAAGCAAAAACGCUUGACCGCAUUUGAGGGCUAUCAAGUGACAGAACAGAUGGCUCGUAAAGGAGGGGCGGCGCAGGAUUGGAAGUUUAUGCAUUGCCUCCCACGGCACCCGGAGGAAGUUAGCGAUGAAGUCUUCUAUGGGCCGCGAUCCCUGGUUUUCCCAGAGGCACAAAACAGGCUCUGGUCGGCGAUUGCCACGUUGGAGGCGUUUGUGGUGAACAAGGGAGAAGUGAAAAGGGCAGAGUAG